CAAUUCUGUUCAGUACGUCUACCCGUUGAGGAGAAUUAUUAAAAACAGCUUAGGACAUAAUCAGGUUUAACUGAUGCGCAUAGCAAUGCACAUAGUGAGCAAAUGGAUAUCUUUGUUUCAUUUUUGCCUGUACUCCAGCAUUAUGUCCGCUCAUUACCGCUUUGUGAAAUCAGUUUGUUAGGGAAAU